UUUCCGUCGUCGUCUUCAUCUUCACCACCAAAAUCAACACACCCAGAUUCUUCACUUCAAUCAUGCCCUCUGGCUGCAGCAUCAGAGCUCUCUGGAUAAUCAGCAACCAUGACACUGUUGUAUUCUCCAGGAGGUUUCCGGUGGUGGAGAAGCGGUGGCGCUCCGCCUUCAAGACGGAAAACGAAAGCACCGAUCCUCCUCGACUUCCCACCGAUCAACAACUCGCCGUAGCUUUUGCUCGAAGGAAGAGACGGGAAGGCUCAAGUCGCGGAUACGGCUUACGCGUAGCUCAAUCGACGAAAGGAUCAGACUCCUGGGUCGAUGAUCCCAUCACUCGUCACAUCAUCAGCCUUUCCUUAUCCGAAGACGAUGAUAACGAAUCCAACAAAGAUAAUGAGAUGAACAUUCUCUGGCCUAUUGUGAUUCACACCAAAGCUCUCUAUCACAUCCUAGUGUUACCUUUAGUUGAGCCAAAGGAGAUGAGAGACUUCGUCAACUUAUCUAAUAGAUCUGAUUGUGGAUCAGCUGUUGGUGAAGAUCUGAGUUUAUCAUCUCUCUUGCUUAACAUUUCAUCCAUCACUGGGGCUUUGAUGGUGGCUCAUUCGUUUGGUGACAUCGUCUCCGGUGAUACGGCUGAGCCUGAGGUUGUUGUAGCAGCUUCACCAUCAGUUGGAGGAUUGUUUGAUUCACUAACUGGAAGCAUUGGUAUCUCGUCAAGGCCAAGACCUGUAGCUGCUGCACCCGUUGCAGCUUCUUCUUCCUCCUCUGGUUCCUCCAUAACCGGAGCUGCGGCAUCAGAUGCUCCCAGAGGAGGACUACUUGACAAAGAUCUACUUAGAAGUUUCAUCGCUAGUGCUAUGCCCUUUGGAACACCAUUAGACCUCAGCCUUUCUAAUAUCUUUGCUAUGAAAGCAAAUGGAUUUUCCUCUGCUGAGCCUCCACACCAAGACCUUAAGCAACCAGCGUGGAAGCCGUACUUGUACAAAGGGAAGCAGAGGCUGUUAUUCACAAUCCAUGAGACCAUUAACGCUGCAAUGUACGACCGAGAUGAGAUUCCAGACAGUGUAUCCGUGGCGGGGCAGAUAAACUGCCGGGCAGAGCUAGAAGGACUGCCUGACGUGUCCUUUCCUCUAGCGGGGCUGAGUAAAGCCCGGAUCGACUCUAUAUCUUUCCAUCCCUGCGUGCAAGUCCCAGCUCAUGGGAUUGACAAGCAGAACAUUGUGUUCCAGCCUCCAUUGGGUAACUUUGUUCUCAUGAGGUACCAGGCGGGUUGUGGGCUUGGACCACCAGUGAAAGGGUUUUAUCAGCUGUCGAUGGUCUCAGAGGACGAAGGUGCGUUUCUCUUCAAGGUGGGACUCAUGGAAGGGUACAAGAGUCCACUGUCGAUGGAGUUUUGCACUAUUACUAUGCCCUUUCCGCGGAGAAGGAUUGUGGGGUUUGAUGGGACUCCUUCAGCUGGGACUGUGGUGACCACAGAACACUCUGUUGAGUGGAGGGUUGUGGGAAGUGGGCGUAGUCUUUCUGGAAAGAGCCUUGAGGCAACUUUCCCUGGGACAAUUAAGUUUAGUCGAUUGAAGAGUAGGAGAAGAGGAGACGGAGAUGAUGAUGAAGAGAGUGACGGUGAGGGUACAGAGAAUGUGGUGAACGUGGAGGAGGUUUUGGUGCAGAAAAUGAACAAGGAUCUCCCAGCAGUUGAGAUGGAAGAACCCUUCUGCUGGCAAGCCUAUGACUACGCUAAGGUCUCGUUCAAGAUUGUGGGGGCGUCUGUAUCUCGAAUGUCCAUCGACACAAAAUCUGUCAAUAUAUACCCAACCACAAAGUCGCCAGUUGAGUAUUCUGCUCAGGUGACUUCGGGAGAUUAUAUAUUGUGGAACACAUUGGGGAAGGCUCCAUCAGCAGCCGCAGUAAAAAUAAGAUGAAAGAUUUUUUCCUGACAUGGAACAUGUAUGACAUUAAGCCAAUAAAGCCAUAUUUGCAAAUGCGAUGAUAUGGUUUGCAAGGCAAGUCUUUACAUAUACGAAGUUACUCCCUCUAGUUGUCUUGUCUCCCUACAUGUGUUUGAUGUUGUUUUCUGAUUGCUUGAGCGAGUUUCCAGCGUCAUGCAGAGGUUAUGAAAGCGUCACUGCAACGUAAUACAGAAGGUUCAGAUUCAAGAACGAUCCCCUUGUUAAGGUACAAGAAAAUGAUUUGACAAGGAUUGUGGUUACAAGAAUGACCCCUCGUGUAGAUUGUAUAACUUAAAGCAAGUUUUGUAAGAAAAUACAGAAUUAACACUCUGUUUAUGUUCCAGUAAAACAAGAUGUUACAAUUGGUUUAGUUUUCAAAUAAAGCAAAACACUAGCUCCUGGAAUGGUA